UCCAAAUCAUUCUUAUUCUCUCGCUUUGAAAACCUGUGCAUCCUAGUUAAUUCCAUAUUUUCUGCAAUUUUUAAACAAGUAUUUUCAAACUUUUGGCAAGUUUUUGGCAGGAAACAAACAUGUCUUUCUCGUCUUCUUCUUCUUCCCCCGGGAGUCAGAAUUGGGACCGAUCUCCGUCCUCGGAUGCGUCGUCCUCCUUGUCACUCCAAAUCGCUCGGAUGACUUUGGAGGGUUCUGACUCUGUUUUCUUGAGGGGCGAUUCGGUCACAUCGUCACCCGCUCGGCACAGCGGAAGUCCAGGAUCCCUUCCUCCCAACGAUGGCUCCCCUCUCCAUUCACGUUCUGGAAGCAUCGUCUCGGCCCAAAGUGCCCCCUUUUCACCGCUCCGCAGCAACGUGCUGGCCGGAAGUGGUAACGUGAGCGGAAUGGGGCCUUGGAUCCCUUCGUCCCCGCAACACGUGAGCCAGAUAACGGUUGGUCCCAACUCCGUGUUCUGGAGGACCGGGUCGGCCACGGCGGCGGCGUCACCCGCUCGGCACAACGGAAGCCCGGGUUCCCUUCCUCCUCCGAAUGGUUCUCCCGGAAGCGUCUCAUCGGCCAGCAGCUUUUCACCCGACCGGCGCAACGUGUUGGCCGCAAGCUAUGGCGAUGUCAUGCCCCCCACUCCACCCCAGUCCAGUCCCAGCUACACGACCCAGUGGACCCGUCAAGCCGCCUUGGUACACGUGAGUCGCCACCCGGAUGACAAAUUCUGCCCCGAAACUGAGGCACGCGUCCGAGCCGGCCUUACGAGGCACCGGCUUCUUUACUUCUUCCAUGUGCCGUACAUUUUAAUGCAAUAUAGGUAUUAUAAAACUAUGUCGCGAUAUUAUGCCGAUUUUUUCAUAGGUUUUUGUGACCUUUUACAUGCAAUCGAAAUAUGCCCUGACUGUGCACGUCUUUUUAGUUAGUUAUUAGUAUUGUCUUAUUAGUUAUCUUAUUAGUUAAUUAUUAGUAUUGUCUGAAAAUUAAUCACUUAACUAAUCCUAUUGUGAACGAGUGUGUAAGAAUUGGUGCUCAUAUUUGUGGUAUUUAUCUAAACAAUGUGGUAGCUGUGGCUGACUAAAAUAAGCAUAGAUAUGUACUUAUCAUAUAAUAUAAGAAAUGAUGUGUGCUGAUAAGCACGUACGUUUUGAAGGGUGGCGAAAGUCAGGUAGAGUGAUUCACUCAUCUCUUGAGGAGAUCCCGUACAGGUUUUCGCCCAAUUUACUUGUAAAACCCAAGCCAAAAAAAUGUACGUAGGUAUUUGUAUCGUUAAAAAACUAGUGUUCCUACUUUACUUUCUAGUUUAACUAUUUAUAAUUUGAAUAUUAGUAAUUUAUUAAUUGAACUACAACAUAUAUUAUUAUAAUGUGAUGAUGUAAUACUUUCGAAAAAAGUGAAUUUUUGGACGUAAAAUGAUAUAUCAAUGUCACAAAUAUUUAGUGUAUGUAUAUAAAAAAAAUAGGAUACUUCUUAGAUCCAAUUUACUAAUUUUGUUUAGAAUCAUCUUAUAUCCAUGUCACUUUACAUUAUUAUAAUACUUGUAAUAAUUACGAAACUAUUUAGGACGCGUAUCUUUUCAAUUUUCAAACUAUUUCAUGCAAAGUGAAAUACAUAUGUACGCUUAGAAAAGCGGCGUUCUUUCAUUGUUGUCCCUAUAUCUUUUUAAGGAAUUUCUUAAAAUAGUUUUUGUUGUGUAUAUUUCAUUAUUCUAAACUUAUUACCAGACUUCAGUGAACCCCAUUUUUCAUACCGUACAAAAAUAUCUCGCUGUGGUUUUAUAUAUAAAACGUAUGUAUGUAACAGCAGCUACAUAAUCUUUUAUUGCGACUUAACGUCGUACCUCGAUUUGCAAAUAUGUAUGUAUAAUUGAUUAAUAAAUAUACAUAUAAAAUAAAUAAUCAUAUAAAAUCUUGACAAAAUUCUGUAUGUAAUGUUAAAUAAAUGUCGGAAAUGGCCAAAAACUAAAUAAUUAAAAUAACGUAACGCCUUAAAUUUGAAGAAUUUACUAUUUUAUUCGAGUUUCAUAUAUUCAAGAGAUAACUUUAUAAAAUUUGAGUAUUAAUUUUUUCGAUCCGUCCAAAGAAUAAAGUUGGUCAUGCUAUCGUACAA